AGCGCUCUCUGGAAUUAUAAUUAGCUCAAACACGCCACCUAUCGGUCAAGAGCAUCAGCGCGCUUUAGUUCAAAAAGUGUUCGCACCAUCAGUGACGCCAGACACCGAGAAACUGAUGGAAGGGGAGAUGGAGUAGAAAGCGGGAGGAGGAGAGAGGGGAUUAAAGAGGAGGGUGGCAGAGACAUUGUGAGGUUUUUUUUCUUCCUCUUUCUUAUUUAAUUGGUCCUCCGGGAUCCGGGGCGAGUCCUCCGUUCGCAGCCGCUCCGCUUUAAUUGGCUGGAGAUUCCACCAAAAUACUAUUGGAAAAAGCCGAGAGUUUACACAGUUUAGACCCCGGUCCCUUCUGAUAAACCCAGUCAUUACCGAGACCAGAGCUGGACAAGCUUUACGCAGAGGCUCUCCAGAAGCGAGACGCGCAUCACCCAGAGCGCGCAUCUGCACACUCUCCAUCCGCCCCACUCUUGAGAGAGACAUCGAUGAGCACGCAUCUGAUAGAAGGACACCACAGCUCAAGAGUUUCAACCAGUCACUCACAGAGAUCGCAUCGCAUCGGACUGCUGCUCUCCACGAUCUCGCCGACUGGAUAUGUGCACGCGUGCCGCCUUCAACAGUUUCACAUCAGUUGAAGUUGCCUGGAAGAAUGUGUUGGAAUUUUCUCUUCAUUUUCUGGACGGAGAGACAUCGGUGCGCUCCUGCUGAACGCGCAACAAACUAAACACCUGGAACUCUGUUCUGCUGAAAGUCGUUCUUUUCUAAGGGAAUUAUUUCGAAAGGCAGCGAUCUACAGGCUGAACCCCAACAAAGAAAAGGUAAUGAGGGAUCGCACCUGAAGAUGGAGCUUUUCUGGAUUUUAUUAUUUUCUGUAUUCCAUCGCUACGUGCGAACGCAAGGAGUUUACGCUCCUGCGAAUGCUCAGAUUGUCCAUUCUGGGCAGACAUGUGUGGUGAAGGAGGACAACAUCAGUGAAAGGAUCUACACCAUCAGAGAGGGGGACACGUUAGUUCUGCAGUGUCUGGUCAAAGGACACCCGCGGCCUCAGGUGCGGUGGACAAAGACAGCAGGCAGCGCUUCUGACAAGUUCCAAGAGACGUCCAUCUUCAAUGAGACUCUACGGAUCCCCAACAUCCAGAGAGUGCAGGGCGGCCGCUACUACUGCAAAGCUGAGAACGGGGUGGGGGUGGCUGCCAUCAAGUCCAUUCGCGUAGAUGUGCAGUAUCUGGAUAAACCUGUGCUCACGGUGCACCAGACGGUGGGUGAUGUACGAGGGAACUACUAUCAGGAGAAAACAGUGUUUUUACGCUGUACGGUAAACUCUAACCCUCCUGCUCGCUUUAUCUGGAAACGAGGAAAUAAACCAAUCGAACAGAGCAAAGACAACGGCGUGGAUAUCUACGAGCCUCUGUACACACAGGGUGAGACCAAGGUGCUGAAACUGAAAAACCUCCGUCCACAGGACUUUGCUAAUUACACCUGUCAGGUGUCCGUGCGGAACGUUUGUGAUAUUCCAGACAGCUCUGUCACCUUUCGUCUUACCAACACCACCACACCCCCUGCUCUAAAGCUGUCUGUAAAUGAGACGUACAUGGUGGACCCAGGCCAAGACGUCACGCUGUCAUGUGAGGUAACAGCAGGGUUCCCCACACCUACAGUCAGCUGGUCCCGGUACCCUGGGUCCCUCCCUCAGCGCUCCGUGAUCCGAGGCGGGUCCCUCACUCUCCGGUCCGUCACACCCGCUGAUGCCGGCGUCUACAACUGCACAGCCGUCAACAAUGUGGGAAACCCUGCGAGAAGAACCGUCAACCUCAUUGUGAGAACCAUGAAGAACUUAACAUUCCAGAUCACGCCGGACUCCAACAAAGACGGUGAGAGCAUACAGAUGGGUCGAGACCUUAAACUUUCCUGCCACGUUGACGCCCAGCCUCAGGACAAGGUGAACUACACCUGGUACAAGAAUGGAGCGCUCAUCUACCCCACCGACAGCCUCAUCGUGCUGCGCAGUGACCCAGACAUGCCACCCGGUACCAGCAGCCUGGAAAUCGUGGACAUGAAGUUCAGAGAUCAGGCCACCUACAGCUGCGUAGCAAACUUCCCCGGGAGCAGCGUUCCUGAACUGCGAGUGGACGUGAACAUCACGCAGAGCAGCGUCAUUCCUCCUGUUCUGAGUGUGCCAGUUGGAGGGGGUGUGGUCAAUGUCAGUGAGGGCGGUACCGCAGAGCUUGUGUGUUUGGUCGAUGGUAAGCCCCGCCCACCUGUUCUUUGGUCUCGUGCAAACAAGGACCUGCCCAUGCCAUCGGGGGAUUGGGUGUUGGAAACACGUGAUGGCCGUUUGCGUCUGACCAAUGUGACGCGGGACAUGAUGGGAGCAUACCGGUGCCAAACCGCUCCUUACAACGGCCUAAACAUCAAACGGCGACAGGGUCAGGUGCAGCUCAAUGUGGAGUACCCUCCUGUUGUGGAUCCAGUCCUGCUAGAUGUCCGUUCUCAAACGCUUUCGACAGUCAAUCUCCGAUGCCUGGUUCUCAAGUCCAAUCCAAACCGGAUAGCCAGUGCCCGCUGGUACCGUAAUGGGAUGCCCAUCCGAACUCCACCAGUGGACCCUCAAAGUGUCCCUCAGCUCCGGUUCAAACUAGACACCACUAAUAAUGGCACUUACGAGUGCAGAGUGAGCAAUGGAGUCGGUACCUCAACCUGCACCUUCAUUGUGUCUGCUCAGCCGUAUAAUGCAGAGUUUUACUACGACACUCCAAACCCCAUUCGCACCCUGAAGAACAAUUAUUCCUACAUCUUGCAGUGGACACAGAAAGAGCCCAGCGCUGUGGACAAAAUCAUCGGUUACUGGAUCAAUGUCCAACAGGUAAAGCAAACAGUUUUGUCCAAACAGAUCACCACUAAAGAGCCGUUGAAAGGUGUGCUCAUGUCCUACACGCUGACGGACUUGCGUAUUCCCCUGUCGUAUGAGGUCAGCCUCACUCCCAUUACCAGCUACGGCACUGGAAACACGGUCACGCGCACCAUCCAGUACUCAGAGCCCUACACUUACCCAAGACCUUCAGAUCAUGUGUGUGGGUUUGAGGACUUUAGGAUAUGUGGGUUCAGUCAAGACCGCAGCGAUAUGUUUGACUGGACCAGACAGAACCAUCUCACACAGAACCCCAAACGGUCGGUUAAUACAGGGCCGGAUACGGACAGGAGUGGGACAAAAGAAGGUUACUACAUGUACAUUGAGACAUCGCGGCCGCGCCAGGCAGGGGAUAGAGCGCGUCUUCUCUCUCCAUUGUAUAACGUUACGGCAGCCCGAGGACCAACGGGGACCACCAGAACCCCCUACUGUGUCUCCUUCUACUACCACAUGAACGGAAAACAUAUUGGUACACUCAAUGUUCUCAUGAGGGUGAAGAGCAUCGCCACUGUGGAUUCUGCCAUCUGGUCUCUCUCCGGACACCAGGGGCCUGAAUGGAGAAAGGCGGAUGCUGAGAUCUAUCCGAGCGGACCCUUCCAGGUGGUGUUCGAAGGUAUCCGUGGAAACGGCUAUGAGGGAGACAUCGCUAUCGAUGACGUUUCUGUUUCCAAGGGGAAAUGCAAACAAAAGGAUAGCGUGGACAAAACAGCAGUUCUGUCUGGGACACACCAGAGUCUUCACCUUCUUCCUGUGAUCGUCCAGCUGCUCUGCACCAUCUGUCUGACAUUCCUCCUCAGAUGAUACAGAUACCCCUCAGCACACACACCACCAGUGAAGGACACCACCUAUGGCAGCAAUAAGAACUGCCCCAAAACAUGACCACCCUUCCUGCUACUGCGUCCUCCAUUUCCUCCUGUUUCUCAUUCCCUUUGUCCCAGCUGCACACCUCCUCUUACCAAUCGAGUCUACUGUUCCUUUGGUUUCUCUUCAUCUUUGUGGUCACUUGUUGAGCUUAUAUCUGCUAAGUGGCACAUUUUAUGUUUUAUGUAAGUGUUAAUUUUGUACAUGUCUGUCCAUAUGUCUUGACAUCUUCAUCUUAAUCACCCAUGUAUGUAUCUGACACACCAAAGUGUCAAUUAUAACCAAAGAUGACGGAGGGCUUACAGGAUGAACAGACGGCUGAAAGAGCAACAAGGACGUCCUUUCCCCAAAUCAACUACUCUUUCCACAGACGCAAGUGCAUGGAGAUGUGAUUUUCUUAAGACAUUAAGAUUGCAAGGAAUAACUUGAGCUGGAACGGAUGAGUGAAUCAGGUGGUCAUGAAGUUACUGAUGACCUGAAUAGACCUGUACAUGCACGUGUACAUUUUAUAUUGGAAAGUAUUAAGCUGCAGAAAGGACAAACGGACUCCAACUGCGACUUCUAGGACUAUGACAAUGUGAAACUAAAGAAGCACAAAUUUAUAUCUUUUUUUUUUUUGUAGUUAUUUUGGUUCCUUUACUUGGUAUCCCAUCAGUCUUGGUUUGUUGUACACUUCUUGUCCUUUGGCUUUCUUUACCAGAAACCGUGUGCCACUGCUGCAUUACCGCUCAGUUCGUUCGAUUCCAAAAAUGACACAAUGUGAACUUUGGACCGGAAGAGCAUCAGUUACCUCACCCUCAAUCUACAAGAACCAUAAAGCACCUGGACAACUUAUGAGAACGAUCACUAUUAGCUUCAAUAAAACUGCCGGGAGAGUGUUGACUCACUGGGUCAGUCGUUCUCGUUCAGCAAUAGGACCGUACCUCUGACUGCAAUGAACAUGAUUUGGGAACAGACUCCAACAGAUGAACGACUCUAGACAGACAAACUCCACUCUUGACUUUGGUGAUCAAGAAUGUCAUUUUGCAUAGUGUUAGAGAGAAAUCGCAUGUGCGUGCAAGCUCUUCAAUGGGACAUUUUUUUUUUUUUUUUUGGAAGUUUUGAGAUGGCAAACAAACAGUGUUGACAUGAAAAGCUGACCUUGUUCCCCAUUAAAGCAUCCUAUAGUAAUGCUGUAUUCCAUUUACAUUGUAAAGUUGGAAUUUCCAGCUUCCUACUUGGAAAAUUGCAAUAGAAUGCCACUUAAAGUCACUUGAGCUUAAAUCUUUUUGGUGAGAUGCACUUUUAAGCAAAUAAAAUACAUCAAUAGGUCAAAGUUCUUACAUUAAAUGAUAAUAAAACAUGUUUAGCAAAUGUCUGCAGAUAAAUGAUCCUCUAAGAUGAUAACCAUACACCUGCAGAACAAAUGCUAAUACUGUGGUGCAUCGUUUAUGCUCAAAUUUGGCGGCUAGGGACUUCUUUGUUGACAAUCAAGAUCUGUACAGCAAACAGUAGCAUUGCCAUUUUAUUUUCUUAUAUAUCAUCUUCCAAACUUUAGAGAGGAGAACGCCUUAACGCUUGGAAGUCAGAGAUACCAAGUAGGAAUAUCCCACAUUUGACUUUGAAUGGAACGCAGCAUAAAUCACAGAUGGCUAUGGUUUAAGAUUCAGAUGCAAUAUGUUAUGAAUGAUUUUACUUUCAAAAGAUUUGAUAUGUACUCUAUCCUCCCUGGAACUCGUUUUAAAAAAAACUUGUCGCAUCAAGUUAAAUAACAUUUAAGCACAUGGUUAGAUUUCAGUAGCAAUAUGUGAUUGUCAGAUGUGUAAGCAAACCAGGACUGUGUGUGUUCGAUCCUUUCCAAAAGCUCGAGUAUGUUUCAUCACAUCUAUCAUUACUGCAAGGGAAGGGCAGCCACAGAAGAAUAAGAGCAUAUGACGAAAAGAAGGAACCAUUUGUGCCUCUGUUUGAGUGUCCUUUAUUGGAUUUGCGUAUGCUUAGAUGUUAUGGUGCAAUUGUGUAUACAGUAUAUAUUUCAACUGCUUUGCUUUAGUAUUACUCAUACUUGUAGUUCCACCCACAAUGGAGCUUUAAGGUAAGUCUGUUUACAAACAUAAAAUGCUCAAAAUGAUUUUCCGGCUUGUAAUAUUUGCUCACGCUCAUAUUUAACCAGUUCAUAUUUAUCCUAAUGUGGUGUACGUCUGUCACUGUUGAAGAGAUUAUCAUAUGACUCGCUCCUCAGGUAAUUCCAUAGGUAACAGGGACAGGGCCUGGAGUAAUUCAACCCCAGUCCAGGUUCUCCUACAGUUAAAGACACUCCAGCGGCUGUAAUACUGUUCCUCAUGUAUGUUACCGUAAACGCUCUGAACUCUUGCACAAUGCCUUCACUACAUGUCAUGUAUAAUCAGCUAUAUUUUAUAAUCCAUGCUAAAUUUAGUAGGACCCACUACAGGACACGAGCGAUUAGAUUUAAUGCAAGAGGGAAAAUGAGAGCGAAAAAAUAAAUGGAGGGUUAUGUCAUUUUAUGUUGCAGGAUAGUGUGCGUUGAAAAUUAUGUAUUCCAAAUGUUUCCUUUUGUUUCUUUUAAGUAUUCCUACAUGUGCUUGGUGACAUCCCAGUAUUACCUAGAAGCCAUCAUCCUUGACUGUGACUGUGACUGUGUUAUUCUUUGGUUUUGUAUUCAAACCAUAUCUCAUUGUUUCAUUUAAAUGGAUCUGGUGUACAACUCUGCAUUUACAACUAUGGUUUGAGGCAAAGGGCGGGAUCUAAAUACUGUGCAAUAUAUGAUAAAGAUGACGUUUUAUCAUGCAAUUCAAUGUCAAUUUGUUAUAAGCUCAAAUAACAUAGAGAGUGCACCCUCACCCCGAUGAUGAGCAAAUGAAUGUGUAUGUUAAUUUAAUUAGAAUGUGAAAUCUUACUGGCCAGGAUUCUUUGCAUUGUAAAUGUGCAAAAUUCAGUGGAAUGGAUUUAAAUAUGGCAUGAUGUGUUAAAUGGAGAUGGAGGUGCUUUGCUUAAUAAUAUCAGCAUAGUAAAAUCAGCCAAAAUAUAUAAUAAAUGAACAAAGAAGAUCCAGGGAUACGUAGAAAUUGGCGAAUGAUGGCUGGAAAUUCCAUGCUGGCCAUAUUCACAUGACCGAAUACAACAGAGCAUGUGAAGUUUGAAUGCAUCUUUAAGAAUGUUAUUUUUGUUCUAAAAUGUUUGACAUUAAGAAACAUUCUGAAAGAGUUCAUCCUUAAAAAUUCUGUGGUUUGGUUAUUUUCCUUGUAUUUUUUGCCCCUCCUAAACACUUAGCAGCCAGUCUCAUUCUACGGUUAUACAUUUUUUUUUUUUUUUUUUUUAUACAGGACUGACAUCUGUAUUGUGUUGCUAUGUGAAUGUAGCCACUCUCUGAAGCCAUCAUCAGGCUAAGGGUUGAAGACAUCUUGUUGCAAUACUUAAUGUGGCAUUCACAUUUAGUAUAUAUAUAUUAAAAGAUCAGGGGCCAAUGAGACUUUACUAUUGAUUGAUAUGCUACCAAUGGGAAAUCAGUUUGUAACGUUUGACAUUGGUUUUUGUCACUUUUCAGACUCACUUGUGUGUUCAUCUACUACCAGUGACUUCUGAUGUAUGACUCAAAUAUGAUCAGAGCAUGAAGCAUAACAACACAUGUAGCAUUAUCUGUGUGAGUAGAGGUGGGAGUCUCUAGAAUGUACCAUGAGAAAGGCCAUUUCCUGUUCCUCCCGGAGGACGUCAGUAGAUUCCCAUUUGAAGCACUGGUGAAAGUUCACUAUACUGCCACGUGCGCUUCUAGCUACUAUGAUUACUGCGUUAUGCUUUAUCUGUUGAGAGUACAUGGGUGAACAUUCAGGUCAUUUAAUUCGAAAAUAAUGAGGAAAAAAUAGCAUACAGAUAAUUACGCCUGUUUUAGAUUUUUAUAGCUUAAUUAUUAUUAUUAUUAUUAUUAUUAUUAUUAUUAUUAUUAUUAUUAUUAUUAUUAUUAUUAUUAUUAUUAUUAUUAUUAUUAUUAUAUUUUGCAUUUUGACAUGUCCAUGAGACUUAAAAGCACUUUAUUUGUAUUUCAUUUUUUUUUCACUUUGUGUAUUUCUCAUUUUGCUUGAUAUUGACUGUGACUUUUUUAAUACAGUAAAAAUGAAUGAAAUACAACAACAAAAGUAUAACAAAGCACUAAUUAAAGGCAUGACAAUUUUAUUUUAUUUAUUUUUUUUAUAUAUUUUUUUUUUUGCAUUAAUGGGAAUGUAGUAGGGAAAUUUAAUUACUGUCAUAUAACAUAAGACUUUAUUUACUUUUUGAAUUUUGAAAUAUGAUCAGAACAUGUUUUUGGAUUUUUUUGUUAUUGAUUCACCUGUGCAUUUAAUAAAAUAUAACCACAAAUCCCUUGACCAAACCUGAAGAUCCAUCUGUGAAAUUCACCAAAACGCUCACAAAAUCAAUCCCUUGACUGCUGAAGAAUUUCGGUGGGUGUUGAAUUGAUCAUUAGUGGGCAUCACAGCUCUGAUUGGCUGUUCUGCCGUAUGCAAAGUGUUCAGACCAGAGAGAGGGAUUCUGUUUUUUUUUUCCUCUUUUUUUGUUGUUGUUUUUUUUCCGUUUGUAUGUAUAUUUGUUUGUUUGUUUUUAGAUAUACCGGUGCACAAGUGAGAGAGCAACUUGUAGUGCUGGAUGUUGUAUAUUCUCUGUCAUGUAAUGAACUAUUUUAGAGGAAAAAUAUAUUUGAAAUAUGACUUCAAGAUGUAUAAAUAAAUAACCAUGAAAUACCUGCAUUGUGUGUGGUUGUGUUCCUAAAACUUGCUCAACAGUACUGUCAUAAAUG